GUUCGCCAUUUCUUUUCUUUUUCUCUCAGGCUGAGACUGAGAGGGAGGGAAUCAAUCUCAAAAACAGAAAAACAUGACUGACCUCUAUGGAAGUGGAUGAGAGAAGGAAGAACAUGAGCCUAUCAUAAAAAGGUCGUUCAGCUACGGUUCAUGUUCUUUCGGGUGGUUUUCUCAGUUGGGUGAUGAUCAGUUUCUCUGCAUGUUUGAAGGGCUUUUAAAUCUGAGUCUUCUGGGCUUGAAUUAAGAUACAGGAUCAGCAGGAAUGGAGCCAUUACUGUUUCCAGUUGCUGAUCUGGGUCUUAAAGUUAUGGGAGAUCUCAGCUGCAAAUUUAUGCAUGUAACUCUUAGCAUUUUCUUGCAUGGUGUUAGUGCCAUUGGGCAGAAGGAUCACGGGUUUUUGCAAUGAGAUUUCCGGCAAAAUUUGGAAUCCGAUGACGGUUUUCCGGUAGGUAUAAUAGAUUUUGUCUUAUAUCAUAUAUUCUUUAAUUCUUUUGGGGUGUUACAGCUUCCCUUGAAUCGUAUUCUUUGUUUUCUGAAAACAGACAUUCAUUCAAAUUUGUGAAAUAUUAGAAGAUUCUUAUUCUGAUUUCUUGCAACAAAAAUUUCCAUCGGAUUCCUCUUUUGCAUUUCUUUUCGUUUCUCUUUCUUGAAAAAAUUCACAUCCACACACACAUUCUCUCUCUCUCUCUCUCUAGUUCCCUGAAAACUGCUUUCCAGUUUUUAAUCGGAGUUCAUGAUUUUAUAAAACAAAAAAGGCAUAAUUUGCGCAUGGUCUGGAAAAAUAGAAUCAGGGAAGGAGAAGAGAAAACAGGGAAAAAAGGGGUGAUUGAAUUGAAUUUUAACAUAAAACUCAGAAAAAUAGAAAAUUGGAAGGAUAUAGAGAAUGUUGGCUGGGUGUUCUACAUUGCUGUCGCCAAGGCAUAGAUUGAGGAGUGAAGCAUCUGCGCAGUUUCAAGCUUGCCAUUUCCCGUUGCCUUCCAUGAGUACACAGAGAUUGGAGUUGCCGUGUAGUUUCUCACGGAAGGAUGCACAGCGGUCGCAGCCCAUAAGACCCGUCAGCCUUUCGGUGGAAAAACAGGUCGAAGCAAAGGGUAGUUGUUCUCUUAAACAGAAACUUCGUCUCCCUCCUUCCAUUACCACUGCUCAAACGUCAUACUGGGAAGGAAGGAGAGAGGUUGAAGAUCGAUUUUGGGAGAAGGGGAAGAGCUUGAAGCGGUUUGCCGAGCAGAGUUCAUCAGAUGAAGUGUGCGUAAGCAGAGCCAAGAGAAAGAAGAGUAGCAGUAGUACCACCUCGCCAGAUGAUUCUUCAGAAGGCGAGAGGUUGAGCGUAAGUCAGUUGGGCAGAGACCAUUUUUGGUUUCAGCAGACUGUUGGGGUCCCCCAGUCAAUCCUGGGAAUUACAGGCCUCGACCCUCCUUCGAUUCCUUUCCCUGUUUCUUCUUCUGAAGAGGAAGAAAAAGUCUGCUUUGUGCCUAGUGAAGUGAUAGUUUGUCCAACUCUUCCCUUGUCCAACAACAAUCCUUGGGUCGAGCCCGUUGUGACUGAGAUUACAGAUAAAGGUGACAGGGAUGUGGAGGCUAGCCAAGAGCCUAAAGAGGCAAGCUCAGGAUCAAGUUCAUCAGAAAGUGAUAGUUUGUCUCUAAGGCUAAACGAGAACUUUGGAAGGGAAUCUGGCAAUGGAUCUCAACUCCCUUACCCGUCUGAGAGAGCCGGAAUGUCAGCCGGCGGCGAGGAUGUCCAAGCGGAGCAUCAAGGAUUCGAGCUUGUGAGCUCACUGGUGGCCUGUGUGGAAUCAAUCGGCUCAAAGAGCAUUGCUGCCAUCAACCAUUUUCUGGCAAGACUCGGAGAGCUCGCUUCACCAGAGGGCACGUCCAUUCACCGUGUCGCUGCCUACUUCACAGAAGCUUUAGCUCUGCGCGUAGGAAGGCUCUGGCCCCAUAUUUUCCACAUCGCCGUCCCUCGGGAGCUUGGUCGGUCCGAAGACGACAUGGGUACUGCACUGAGACUUCUAAACCAUGUCAGCCCAAUUCCGAAGUUCCUCCAUUUUACAUCAAAUGAGAUGCUGUUGAGGGCAUUUGAAGGAAAAGACAGGGUCCAUAUCAUAGAUUUCGACAUAAAGCAAGGUCUACAAUGGCCUAGUCUGUUUCAGAGUCUAGCAUCUAGGCCUAAUCCUCCGAGCCAUGUGAGAAUCACAGGCAUAGGUGAGUCGAAGCAAGAGCUGCUGGAAACAGGCGAUAGACUGGCGGGAUUCGCCGAUGCCUUGAGCCUUCCUUUUGAGUUCCAUGCAGUUGUCGACAGGUUGGAGGACGUGAGACUGUGGAUGCUUCAUGUGAAGGAGAAGGAAAGUGUAGCCGUGAAUUGCAUUCUCCAACUACACAAGAUGCUUUACGACGAGAACGGUGGGGCCUUGAGGGAUCUACUGGGUCUGAUACGGAGUACUAACCCCACAGUCGUUGUGAUGGGAGAGCAGGAAGCCAUGCACAAUGAAGCCAGUCUGGAAGCGAGGGUCUGUAAUUCUCUGCGCUACUACUCCGCCAUCUUUGAUUCGAUUGAUUCUUCUCUGCCAUUAGAUAGCCUGGUUAGGAUCAAAGUAGAGGAGAUGUAUGCCAGGGAGAUCAGAAACAUAGUUGCUUGUGAAGGAAAUGACAGGUUGGAGAGGCACGAGAGCUUCGCGAGGUGGAGGGGAUUCAUGGAACAUGGGGGGUUUCGAUAUGUGGGGAUUGGAGAAAGAGAGCUGCUUCAGAGCCGAAUGCUGUUGAAGAUGUACGCCGGUGAGAAGUACAGCGUUGAGAAGCAAGGGGAAGAAGGAGCUGGGCUUACUCUCAGGUGGUUAGAGCAGCCUCUGUACACUGUUUCUGCGUGGGCACCUGUUGAUGUUGCAGGAAGCUCCUCUUUACCUCAGGUGCCAAGUUGAUUAUGGGGAGUCAUCUUCAUCUUCUUCCAUGGAUGCCAUGCAGAAGGGUAGCAUUCCAAUUCUUUCUAUUUCUAGAUAGAGAAAGCUAAAUUUUAACUCAUUCUUUCAUUCUUUCAUGCAGUUAGAGUUAGCUCAAACAGCAAACAUAGCUUGAUACAGAGUUCUUUUGUUCUAAGUUCAAAUUCAUUACAGUUCCAUUUGUUAUUUGGAGUCUAGAUUGAUUUUAUUCUUUCAUUCUUUUUAGGAGGGAAGGGUUCAGAUAUUCUUUUAUGUAUGUUGAAAUUCUUUAAUAGCAGUGUCAGUUUUUUUCUGCUUUGUUUGGGUGGGGAUUAUUACUUUUUCCAUACCAUGUAACUGGGAAUUUGAUUUUAUUAUGUAUGAAAUGAUUUCAUUGAGUUGUGGUCCUACCAUGUAUUUGCUUUCUAUUGUACA